ACCAUCAAAACAUUGAAAAGACAAGAAAACCAACCAAUCACAAUGGUCAACAAACGAAAUCAAAAAAGAUCAAAGGUAGCAUCAGAUCAUCAAAUGAUAUCUACCACUUCAAAUCAAACUAUCUCAGAUUCAAGUUUGAAACCAUUAACAAAUGAAGAAAUCGAAUUAGAAGAAGCUGUCUUUGGUCAAGCUGCUUCUACUAAAGGUAAACAAAAACAAGUCACUUGGAAUGAUCCACAAGAUCAAGAAGAAAUCGAGGGUGAAAAUCAGAUAAAUGGAGCUGAUGGUGAAUUGGAGGGUGUCAAAGAUGAAGAGUUAUUUAUGAUCGAUGAUGGUACAAAUCAAAUCUCGUCACUCGGACCAUCCGAGGUUACUUUACCAACAGCACAACCUAAAGCAAAACCUACACAGAGUACCAGAGAACCACUAUGGCAAGAUAAAUCUAUUGCUCAAGUCUCGGUUUCUUUGACCAAUGGACCAAGUCGUCUUAAAAAGUUACGAAAAGUAGAUGAUUUAGAUGAUGUAGCCGGGGGUAGAGCUGAAGGAACUAUUGAUGGAGAAGAAUACGAACUUCGACUUCGAGAACAAUUCGAAAGGAUGAACCCUACACCAACUUGGCUAAAGGACCGUAAAAACUUGAAGCGUAAGGCAGGUGAUAAUGCUCAAGUCGAAUCAGAUCAAUCUGAUGAAGAAAAAGACGAUGGUGGAAUCGAACAAGCUCUUAGAACGACUGGAAAGAUCUUAAAGGUUAAACCAACUUAUCGACCAGGUGCUACAUUACCUAAAGGUGAACUUCAGGUUGAACGAUUAAGAGAUGCAAAUCAAGCUGUUACAUCGACUACGAAAUCACCUAUUUCUGCUAUUCAAUUUCAUCCAACAUCACCUAUCCUUUUUACGGCUUCACCUAAAUCACACAAAUUAUCAUUUUUUAAAAUCGAUGGAAAACAUAAUCCUGUAUUACAUCAUGUUCAUACACCUGAUUUACCUAUCACUACAGCUGAAUUUUGUCCUUCAACUCAAACUUCUUCAACACUUCUCAUGACUGGAAAUCGACCAUAUUUUUAUACAUUUGAUUUAGGAUCAUGUCAAUGUAUUAAAUCACCUGAAAACUUAUUUACCAAAUCAGCUUUAUCACAAUCAAUCAAAGGUACCUCUUUAAGUCGAUUCUCAUUUUCACCUCAAGGUCAAAUCGUUGCCUUUCUUGGAUUAAGAGGUUUGAUUCAAUUAGUAGAUUGGUCAAAUAAUAUCGGUUCAUCUCAAGUGAUUGGUACAUUAAAAUCAAAUAAUCCAAUCAAAAGUUUAUCUUGGAAUCGAAACGGAACUCAACUUUUGACCGUUAGUCAUAAUGCAGAAGUAUCAGUUUGGGAUAUGAGGAUGAGAAAAUUAAUGAGUACUUGGAUGGAUCAUGGUGGAUUUAAUCCUACAUUGAUAACCACCACUGAUAAAGAUUGUGGUAAAAGUACAGGUCGAUCUUAUACUGCUAUUGGAAGUCAAACUGGGAUUGUGAAUCUUUAUGAUGAUCAAGAUUGGUGUAAUGAUGAAAAUGAAGAAGAUAGAUUGUUUGGAAUCGAAAGAAAACCAUUGAAGACGAUUGAGAAUCUAACCACUUCGGUUAGUACGAUGAAAUUUAAUUCAGAUGGUCAGAUUUUAGCUAUUGCUAGUGAUUCUAAAAAAGAUCAACUUAAAUUGGUACAUUUACCGAGUGCUACUGUUUUUUCUAAUUGGCCUACUUCUGGUACUCCUCUAGGACAUGUAUCAGAUGUUAGUUUUAGUAGUAAAAGUGAUAUGAUGGCGAUCUCGAAUACAAAGGGCACGGUACUUUUGUACUCUUUGGGUUGGUGGUCUAAACGUACUACGAAAAUGAAAUGAUCAUGAAAAAAGAUGAAUAUUAUAUCAAUGUUGGGUUAUACCUGAGAUGUUGAAUUUCUUUCGAAUUUUUAUGGAAACCCUUUUGGAUUUUUAUAGACUAGAUUCAUCAGAACAUUAGGUGCUUGUCAAAAAAGUGAAUUGAUUCAUGUCAUUUGAUGAAACUUACAUAUGGAAAACAAAAUAAGAAA